ACAUGAUGUUAGUUCUAUCAUUGCGUUACUCAGUUGGCUGAACUAGGUAUUUCAAUUUUAAAUAUUUAUUGAAUAUCUAAAGAAUAAUAGAUCGAUUCAACAUUAAAUAAAAAUAUAAAGAGUGUUAAGUAUAAGAUGUCAUCGAAUACAGAAGAAUCCGGAGGAACAAUUCGAGUUACUCGAAGUUCUCUUCGUCGAAUGGCAUCAUCUGAAUCAUUAAAUGAUAUAGAAACAGUUUCUAACACACCCACCAAAGCUCCAGCUAAAAAGCUUGAAACAAUAUCUGAACGAGCUAAUUUGACACAGCCGUUGCUUAACUCACCAGUGAGUAGAAGAAAUCGUAAGAUUUCUGAACAAAAUACUAAUACUUCAAGUCCUGCAAGAUGCGUUACAAGAAGAAUGUCUCUAGAAAAGGAAAUUCAAUUAACACCAAUUCCAUCUCGUCCAGCACGUCGUUCAUUAUCUCGAACAGUUAUAACAAUCGAUAGUGAUAGCGAUACUCAAUCCUUAAAUGUUUCGGAUGGCAGAAUCAAAAGUUCUCGUAAAAAACGCGAAAGCACCGUCGACAUAAUCAACGAAGAGCCUGAAAAUGAACAAGAAGUGAAUGCAGAAAUGUCAACAAAUCAAAGAGACAGUUCGAAAGAUUCUGAUGAAGUUGGGGAAAGUGAACUGAACAAGUCGAGUGAAAACGAGCUGGAACUUCGAAAUCGCUCAAUAUCCAAAUCUCCAAGUUGCAAGCUUUUGGAAAAUUGUCGACCAUUGUCUGUAAAUAUUGAGAAGAUGAGCGAAAUAAAUUCAACAUCGGUAACAGUUGAUGAGGAACAAGAGAAAGAUGAUCAAGUCGAUACGAGUGCUGAGAAGUUCCCCAAAGUUUUUUCAAAAAAAAUUCGUCGAUCAAUGGAUGCUAUUAAAGAAACUUUCGAUAAUGUUCUUGACGAAAUGAAAAAUAAUUUCCAAGCUCCGACAGAGAACAAAGAAAAGUUUUUCGAUUGCGUCAAUGAAGUGGAAGAAAAAUCAUUGGAUGGUGAAGUGGAAGAAAAGACGACAGCAGAUGUUUCUCUAAACACUCUUGUUCGUGGUCGACGUUCUAUUCAUGAUGAAGCUGAAAUUGACAUGGAAGAAGAAGAAGUUAACACAAUGCUUAAAGACUUUGAAGCAGAAAUUGAUAGCGCUUUCAAAAAUUCUCCAAUUAAACGUAUUAAAACUCCAAAGAAGACGAAUUCAGUCAGUAUAAACGACACAAUAGAAAUUUCAAACGACAUGGAAAUUUCUAAUCAUGAAGAUUCCAACAUGGAAAUUUCACCAAACUUGAACAAGACAAAAAGUCCAAGAAAAUCAUUUGAAAAAGCUGUCAACGGAUCUGCCAAUAAAAGUAUCAUUCAAAGUGAAACUAUUGUUGAAAGUGAGGAAGUUAUGGAAGAAUUGCCAGUGGAUUCAAGUGGAAAAGAUGUCAGCGAUGAAGAAGAAAAGGAAGAAGUGAGUAUUAAGAACAGUUCAACAUCUGAGCGAAUGUCUCGUUCUUGGAGUCAAUCAAUUAAAUGUACUUCGGAACCUAUUGAUAAAUAUAAUUUAAAUCGAAAAUCCGAAGUAAUCAUAAAAAGCCCCAAUCAAUCAGUUAAAUACACGACAGAAAACAAAAUUCCUUCAAGUGAUGAAUCUGAGGAUGAAGACUUUGAAGAGAAUUCAUUAAUCGAUGAUGAAGCAGAAGUUGGAUCAAAUGAAUCAAUUACAAAUAGCGAAUUGAAUUAUUUGGAAGAUAAUGAAGUGCCUGAUGAUGGGGAAUCUUUAGGGUCUCGAGAUACCAACGAGAAUGAAAUUGAGGAAGAGGAGGAUGAAGAAAAUGAUUCAUUCUUGGAUGAAAAUGAAGUUUCAGAUGCUUAUUCGAUGGAUUCAGCUGAAGAAAUGAUUGAAAGUAGUCCUAAGAAGCGACGAUCACGAAUAAUUGUAGCAUCAGAGAGCGAUGAUGAAGAAAAACAAGAAGAAGAGAAGAAAACUUCUCCACAAAAGAACUCUCAAACUCCCACUAAAGUCACUUCAACAGCUGAUGAUGAAAUGGAUGAAAAUCCUCCCCGUUCUAAUAAAAAAGAAAAAUCAUCAAACAAACGAAAGCGUGAUGAAGAAAAGUUCAAUGAGAGCAUCCAAAUGGAACGUAAACGAGUUAAGAUGAGUGAAACUAUCAUUGAAGAAAGAACAUCAGAACGUUUAACUGUUAAGAUGCGUGAAAGUAUCAUCAAUGGGACAUCAGAAGAGUUUGAAGGAAUUGCGGAACUUUUUGAAGAAGAAAAUUCUACGCAACUUCCUGAGAAAAUUCAAAAAUCAUCAAAGAAACAUUCUGAAAAGAAUUCACAGUCUCAAGUGAACAUUGAAUCAGUUUUAAACAAAUGCGAUGAACUCAUGAGCGCUUUUAAUAAAGAAAAAAAAGCAAAAUUAGCUUUGAAACGUGAGAGAAAGGCACAGAAAUUAGCUAAGAAACAAGAAGAAGCUAAAAAGUCAGCUGAUGAUGAGAAUUUGAAUUCUUCAAAUGGUGAAAAUAAGGAAAAUUCUGUGAAGAAAAAGAAGAAAAAUAAAGCAAAGAAGCAAAAGUUGGUUGAAGAUUCUCAAGUCAAUAAGAGCGAUCACAUUGUCGAUGCCAUUACUAAACAACAAGAGAAAUUGGAACGAAAACGACAACGUAAACUUGCCAAAAAAUUGGCUAAAGAACAAGAAUUGCUGGCACAACAGCAGCAAGUAAGUUCUUCAGAAUCCAAAGGAUCGCCAGAAAAAGUUUCUGAAUCGAAGAAAAACGAAUCUGAGGUAGAAGUUAAGCUUGUAAAGAAAAAGAAAAAAAAUUCUGAUGUUCCAAACAUUGAACCAGUUGAAGAGCCAGUUAAAGAAAAGAAAAAGAAAACCUCUAAGAAGCAACAUAUUGUUGUUGAAGAAGAAAAGGAAGAAGAAAAAGUUGUAAAGAAGAAGAAAAAAACGACGAAACCAUCAAGCAUUGAGACAGAUGAAGUUAUGGAAACUUAUCAUGUUCCUGAACCUGCUGAUGUCAGUUAUGAAGAGCCACAGAAAAAGGUAAAGAAGACAAAGAAGCGAAAGUUAGAUGACAGCGUUGUGUCUGAUGCUGAAAUGGAAAUUCAAAAGACAAAGUCUAAGAAGAAGUUGAAAGUCUUGCAGCAAAUUGAAAAUCCGCAGAAUUUGAAACCACAGAAAGAAAGCUCAAAGUCGAAAGUGACACAAGAUGAAUGCUUUAUGGCUCCAUUGCCAUCACAGAAAUUGAAGAAAAUUAUUCCUCAACAACUCGCUGCCACAAAGAAGAUUCCAAAGCAGAAGAAGUUGAAAGUCUAUCAAGAACCUCUCGUUUCAUUGCCACGUCCAGUUUGGACAACAUCGGGAGUUUUCAUUGAAGAACCAGCUUCACCUUACAAAUUCAAAACAACUGAUUAUAUUCCAAUUAAUUCUCAAUCAAAGAGUUCAACAGAGUUCGGUGUUGUUGUGUUCGAUGCCAAAAAGAACAAGAAACAUCAGACACCACUUGCUCAAGACUUUAGAACUCAAAUGAUGUACCGCGAUAAGAAACAUCGUGAUGGAUCCAAGAAGAACCUUCAAGGUUUAUUAGGGAAGCGUCGUGCUUUUUAAUUCAUAUAUAUUUUUUUUAAUUUUUGUUCUUUGAUAAAACUUUGUAUUUCAAUGAACCAUAAAUAAAUUCAUGUUAAAGAAAAAUAAUUUUUUUGAGCAUUUUUGAAUGAAAGUGUUCGCAUGGAAUUUAUGAGUGUUCGCAUGUUUCGCAUGCAACAUAAACUUUU